GCGGCUUGAGCGGCGGCCGCAGCUGCAGCAGGACGGCCGGCCGGCGGCUCGGGGCUGCGCGCCGGGAACCUCGCGGGGCGGGCGGGCGCCGCACCCCGGCCUGGCCGCCUGCGCCCCGGGGAGGCCCCCUGCGCGCAACCGGACCAGCAGCAUGAGCAGCGGCUACAGCAGCCUCGAGGAGGACGCGGAGGACUUUUUCUUCACCGCCAGGACCUCCUUCUUCAGGAGAGCGCCUCCGGGCAAGUCCCGUUCGGGUCAGCCGGAUGUGGAGAAAGAGAAGGAAACUCACAAUUACCUGAGCAAAGAGGAAAUCAGAGAGAAAGUUCAGAAGUAUAACUCAGCCGUCACAGACAGGCUGAAGAUGACCCUAAAUUCAAAUGGGAUCUACACUGGCUUCAUUAAGGUGCAGAUGGAACUCUGCAAACCUGCCCAGCCCCCUCCUGGCCCCAGUAGCAGUGGCUGUAUGAACACGCUUCACAUCAGCAGCACAAACACUGUGGGAGAAGUAAUCGAAGCUCUACUCAAGAAGUUUCUGGUGACUGAGAGUCCCACCAAGUUUGCGCUUUAUAAGCGUUGUCACAGGGAAGACCAAGUGUAUGCCUGCAAGCUCUCCGACCGGGAACACCCACUAUACCUGCGUUUGGUAGCAGGGCCCAGAACCGACACGCUUAGUUUUGUUCUUCGAGAACACGAAAUUGGAGAGUGGGAAGCCUUCAGCCUACCGGAGCUGCAGAACUUCUUGCGAAUCUUGGACAAGGAAGAGGAUGAGCAGCUGCAAAGCCUGAAGCGGCGCUACACAGCCUACAGGCAGAAGCUGGAGGAAGCCCUGGGCGAGGUGUGGAAGCCUGGCUAAGGCAGGGUGCUCUUCCAGCCCAGAAGGGACAGCUCAGAACUCAUGAGAGAGCCGCGUUGGUUGCCUCUGUCUCAGAGAGCUGUCUUCGUGCCCCACCAUGCUAGGGUCUUCCUCUUUUCUCUGUAAACACAGUUCUUAAAGCCUGGUCACACAGUAUCCCGCGCCUCACAAGGGAUUGGCACAACAUGGGACUCCGCAAGCUUGUUCUGUUUUAGCAUGGCGAUGUUACCUCUUGCAAGCUGUGAGCCUGUGGUCUUCAGGCACAUCCUGGAGUGCUUGGAAGCAUGAACUCUGGGUUGAUGCUCCCUGUCGUCUUCUUCUAGUUAUUUUAGUGAUGUGAUUUUGGGAAGCUUCAGGAUGCAAAGAUGAGCUUUAAAGCUUUACUAAGCCAUCUCUAAGUACUUGUCCUAAGUUGAAACUACCUGCUUGUUUUGUUCUCUGUUAUAGCAGUCUACCCACAUGAACUGAAGGACAUAGGAAUUUAGGAACUCUGGGGGAUUGGGAAAAGAUUUCAGAAAGGUUUUGACAAAGAAAGAAAAGAGGAAGUCGGGAAGGUAGAGGGAAGGCGAGGGCCCAGGGCUCGGAAGGUAGUGUGGCUUCUAAUUUAGUGUUAGAGGAGAAAGGUGUAUUUGUCUGUAAAGGAGCUAAGAGCAUUUAGAGUCGAUGUUGAGCUCAGUUAAAGAUUGCUUAAUUUGCUAGUGGUAAAAUAUGAGGUCAGAGCCAAAGAGCCAGGAGCUAAGUCCAAAGGCAGGAUCCUCGACCUGCAGCUGACCUACAGCGGAUUUAACCUUGACCAAGGUGUCCGCAGGUAGGCUUGCCUUAGCUAGACCAGACCUGUGCAUCUGUUCCGAGACCCGCUGGCAUGGAGCGGAUGGCCUGGGGUUUAGCUCUCCGUGUAGGUGGGGCCUGACCUUGUGCUGAUUCCUGUUAAUGUAGGUCCCCCUCAUCCCCAAGAGGUUGCUCUCAGAGUUAAAAAGGAGUUUGGGUAAGGGCAGCAGCCUCAGCUGUUAGCUAGAAGAUGUAUCAAGGCCAGGGCUCACAGCAUACUUUGUGACAAUCACCCUCUUCCCCUUUAUUGCACCCUUUCUUUUUCCCUGCCCCCUCACCCUGUUCCCACCCCCACCAGCCCCAAUCACUCUCUAAAGUUGUUCUUACAAAGUAAAAGACAGGGAUGUUGAUUAAAGGCGGGGUCCUACCGCAUCUUUGCCUCUUCAGAGACUUAACUAAGUGCCCCAAGGAAGGAAAGUCCACACCCAGCUGACCGCACAACAGUCGUUCAUUAUGGAACUAUUUUAACACAAGCAUGCAUGUCCCUUCCAACCAAAGAGACACAUGUGCAAUAGGCAGGCGCAGUGGCCUCACUCUACGCAGCAGCUUGCAAGUCCUCGGAGAGCUGAGGGAACGGUGUUCCGUGCUUCCGGAGGGGCUUACAGUUGGUCUGUCUCUAUUCUAGGUAGAUUUUGUUGUUUAUAAAUUCCCAAGGAAUUGUUAACACGGUGACACCCGAUGGAAUCUUUUGGAAAUUCCAAGGUGCUCCAGCUCUUUGCCUUUCUAGGAACCGUGCCUUUGAUGGAGAUUCUGUCCCUUCACGGUGGCUCUCCUGACUUGUCAGAGAAUGUUGCUCUGUGGGAGGCGGAUCCAAGUGUGGGUUAUGCUACGAAAGCUCCAGGGACAAUCGGAUCUUCUAAGCUAUUAGGAAGAGUUGGAAAACAUAAAAGUAGAGCUAGCUAUAAAAUAUGAAUGGCACGUCUUGUUUAAUUUUGCAUGUGAUUUCUUCUUUGUGCAUCAGUGAGGUUUAGUGGCAUUGUCAUCCGACACGUUGCCUUUGUUGUUCAGGGAGUGCCUUCGUGGUUCUUGUACAGGUUUCACCAUUUAGACUACGGCCUGGGCUCCUGUAUGCCACCACCUGGUCUUCUAAGUACUCCCAGUGCGCUUAGCGUCUGUGAAGCAUUAGUUUCUCAAAUGAAGACACUGUUAGAACCUAAAGCAGCUGCAUCUGAUGGGUAUCUGCGAUUUUUUUUUUUUUUUUUUUACUUGAAGUAGACUGUAUGAAGCAGCACCCUCCUCUGUAUUCCUCCAAACCUCGCUCCAUGGCCUGUGCCUUGAGAAAUGUCACUGUACUGAAGAUCUGCCAAUCCGAGGUUCCUGAAGACCGAUGUUCUCUCCAAACACUGGUUACUCCAGCAGCAGUUUUUGAAAGCAUAAAGGAAGAAAAAAGGCCCCAGAGGCCAAAGUUUUGUUUUUUUUUUUUUUAAACCGUUGUUCAGCUCCUUCGGUAAAACGAAACUAAGCUUGGCUGUAAUACUGUUUUCUCUUCAGAAUGUGAUGGUACAGGAAUGGUGGUAAAUGAAGGGUGGCUGCAGGGAGCUUUUUAAAUCUAAAGUUAAAAGCUAUAUUUAUAAUGUUGACGACUUUAAGUUUUAUUUUUAUAGGGCAGAUUUUUUCUCCCCUGAAAUUGUGUCUGGAAUGGCAAAGUUGUUUCUAUUAUUAAAAAUUGAAGUUGUUAGUUGA